UAAAUUCUACAGCACUAACCUGUUUGAAUGUGACAGUAGAUACCACCGUGAAUGCAUUUUUCUGGUUCAGCAACAUUUUUUAAUGUAUUUCUCGUUUUUAACCACUCCCACAAAAUCAAGACUCUGUAGUGCAGGUGUCUGUUGCGUUUGACAAAUGUUCCAUAAAAUAACACUGAUACACACAGUCAUGGCAAAAUCUGAUCUCAUCAUACUUAUCAUCUUUGCACAUUUGGAUGUUUUGUUUUCUGAGGAUUCCUGUGGGUAUUUUCAAUUGAUGGAACAUUUGAAGCUGACUGAUUCUGUGCGUUUUUUACAAUCUCGACCAGUAGAUGAUUGGAGAAAGCCUACUCAAGUCUUCAUUGACUCCACCGUGGCUAACAUUAUUCAACUGGAAGGGACAACACAAAGCCUUAUAAGUCUGCUGUGGUUGGACAUGAAAUGGAAAAACAGCUUUAUAUCAUGGGAUCCUAAUGAGUUUUGUGGAAUGGAGUCAAUGACAAUGCCAUUGGACCUGUUGUGGUUACCAGACCUCUAUAUCUAUGAGAUCAUGGAUGAUGAUGUAAGCCCUGUGGUCAAUGUUUUAGAAGUGAAGCAUGAUGGCUCUGUUAAACAAUCCAAGCCUAUAAGACUUGUUAGUGCCUGCAAGUUGGACAUUUUUGGAUUUCCUUUUGACACCCAAAGGUGCACAAUAACAUUUGGUCCUUAUGUUCAUACAGUGGAACAAAUAACUAUGGUUGCAGCGUCCAACUCUUCUGUUGUAACCCAGCUCUCCAGGGACAAUUUCUCUAAAAGAGGAGAAUGGGAACUUCUGCAUAUUGAUGUCCAGAACCUAAAUCUUUCUUUCAGUGGCAUUCUGUACAGUCAAGUCAAAUACACGAUAACAUUAAAAAGGAUACCGAUUGUGUACGUGGUGAAUUUGAUAUGCCCAGCAGGGUUUCUGAUAAUCCUGGAUUUUGCUGGCAUGUUUAUUUCAGUAACUGGAGGGGAAAGGCUGGGGUUCAAGGUCACAGUUGUCCUUGGAUUCUUGGUUCUGCUUCUAAUACUGAAUGAUCAGCUACCCAACACAGACGUGUCUCCCAUUCUUGGGGUGUUUUGCUUACUUUGCUUUGCCCUGAUGAUAAUAAGCAUAAUGGGUACAAUCGGAGUCUUGUACAUGGUGGAAAUGUCGUCGAUGAGCUCUGAGGUGCCGAGCUGGAUGAAAAAGUGGGUGCUGAAGCACAUGGCAAAAGUCCUUCUUGUGAAAACCAGUCACACAGCAGAUACAGGAGCUGAUGAGAACAUUAUCGGUUUCUCAAAUUCCAGCGUACCAAGCACAUCGAUUCAAAUGAAAAAAGCCUUGGAGAAAACAAGCAGGAAGGACAGUAAUGAAGCAAUACUGCUGAAGAAGCUGCUGCUUGAAAUCUUAAUGAUCAGACGUCACUUGGCCAACGCUAGACUCAAGGAGGAAUCACAAAAUGACUGGCACAUGGUUGCUUAUGUCUUAGACAGGUUUAUCUGUAUAUUUUACUUUUGUAGCAUAGUAAUCAGUAUGGGAGUGUUAAUUACUGUUUGGGCAAUUCCACACAUUUAGCAAAUUCCAUUUGUUCUGCUUCAGCAGCAAGCAAAUUAAAUUAGAACUCAACAUGCUACUAAAGUCAUUUUUGAUAUCAGCAUUAAAUAAAGAAAGCAAAAAACUAAGAAUUCAAUCACCUGGUCAAUGAUAUUAGACAAUGUCAAACCCCAUCAUAUGUGCCGACCUGAAAAAUUAUUUUUUCUUUUGUUAUAAAACUUUAUUCAUUCGUUUUUUUCUUUCUUUUUUGAUUAACAAACAAGCUAUUUAGGUUACUAAAUCUUUCAUUUUAAACCAAGAGCGCAUUGUGUUAUUAUGAAAUUGUCUGUAUUGUGACUUCUGGUAUUUGAAAAGAGGCCUGAAAAAAAAAAAAAAAGGUUUUGAGAUGAGCUUGAGAAUGUUCUAUUUUGGCCUUUGUAUUUGUUGAUUUUUAUAUCCAGAGAUCAGUGAGUAUACGUUGAAAAUAGACUUGAGACCCGGGACAGAUGCUCCUCUUUUCAAAACCCUACUGCUGCAGUGCAUUGGGAGCUACGGGUGCCAUUCAGAUAGGAGAGGGUCGACCCUAUGAGGUAGUCAAAGCCAUUACCAAUAGCACAACACAAGCGUGUACACACAAUGCAAGCAGCCAGACAUGGAAAGCAGCCAGACAUGGAAAACAAAACCACAGAGGUCAGAGCCUAAACUCAACUCAACAUAAUGAAGGUGAAAACUUUGGUUUUUUGCCACCGUGACCCACUAGAUGGCAGUAACGUGCAUAUUUUUUUUUUAAUUUGUGUUAUUUCUCUCAGCCUGUUGCUGUAGAUUUAAUCUGAAAAUAAAACUAUUCCCAUUUAGCUUUCACUUUCAUAUUCUCACAGAACAAUGCUCAGCACUGCAAGCUCCGCUAUGUUGCAGAAUGGAUGAGGUAGACCUGUACUCGGAGCUGAGCGCUGUGAGGUCUCAGCUGGUGGAUGUGCUCGGUCUGGAGGCUGCUGGGGUUCUGCAGCAGCUCUGUAGCUUGCUGAAUGCAGAGGAGCAGGAGGAGGUGAACAGGACUGCAGACAGGAAGGGGAGAGUCUCACUCAUAGUGGACCUGUUCAGGGACAAAGACCCCGGGACAUGUCGCCAGUUCAUUCAAACCCUCUGCAUGAUAUGCAAUGAGUUGCCCAUGCAACUGGAAACAAGGCUAAUGUCUGCAGCCGGAGAUGGCAAUCCUAGUGAAAUAUCCCCUACAGAGUACCCAAGCUGUGCUCCAGAUGAUCCAUCUCACUCAUUCCAAGAAAACCCCAGACGCCGCCAUGCGACUAAAUCUGUGCAAGCUACUGAAACGAAGUACCCUCGGAUUGAUUUUGCUGAAAGAUACAAGUCCUUGAUGAUGAAGAUGCUGUUGCUCAGGUAUGAAAAAAUCCCCGAAGACCUGCUGAAGCGGGUCACACUGGACAAGACGUUUAUAAGCGUAGUGAAGAAGAACGCGACGAAGCUCAGGGAGCGGAUCGACAGGACUCGAGACGAGCCGUGUGUCUCUCAGGACUCUGAGGACGGCACAGACACUAUGGUAAAGAUCUCGGACUUACUUGAACCGAGCACUACCUCCGAUUCCAGAGUGAUCGUCCUGCUGGGGAAAGCCGGCACUGGGAAGACAAUGCUCAUGCACAACAUCUGUCACCAGUGGGCCAAGGGGACCUUCGCUCAGUUCCAGUUUACCUUUCUCUUUGAGUUCAGGCAGCUGAACCUCGUAAAAAGGACGCUAACAUUGAGGCAGCUCCUUUUUAACUUCUUCCUAAUGCCGGAGGAGGAGCAGGACGCAGUGUUCGAGUUCAUCUCCGCAAACCCACGGGGGGUCUGCUUGAUAUUCGACGGGUACGACGAGUUCCUCGGGAAGUUCAGUCCGGCGACACCAGAUAUCUGCCGGGACCCCCUGAAACCCCUCUCUGUGGCCGAGCUCUUCUCAGGUCUGUACACUGGAAGCAUCCUGAACGGGUGUACGCUGCUCGUCACCUGCAGACCCAAGGACGUUCUGGACCUGCCCCUGAGUGCCGUGGAUCGUGUGGGAGAAGUCUUAGGGUUUGACCACAGAAGAGUCGAGGAGUACGCACUGCACUUCUUCAGGGACAGCCUCUACAAGGAGCAAGCCGUGGCCCACCUCAUGGAAAACAGGAACAUUUUGAACAUGUGCUACGUGCCUGCGUUGUGCUUCAUCAGUUGCGUUUGCCUCGAUGACUUGCUUUCCACAGGAUCCAGCCGGCCUCUGCUUCCCAGCACAAUGACUCAGUUUUAUAUCAACAUGCUGACAGCUUUCCUCAGGAAGAAGGACGCUGUCUCCAGCUCUGUGGCCACAGAGCCGCUGCUGCUGCAGAAGUACCAACAGGAGAUCAACGGAUUGUGUCAGCUCGCCAUGAAAGGACUGGAGAAAAGUAACAUUGUGUUUUACACUCGGGACGUGCCGGAGUCUGUCAUGAGGUUCGCUUCCGACAAUGGAUUUCUCACGGCGUUCGAGGUCAAGAAGGAGGACGGGACCAAAGACCUCGGCUGCGCCUUUGCUCACCUGACCAUGCAGGAGUUCUUCGCUGCCUUGCACUUGAUCACUAGCGAUAGCGUCACCGAGGCCCAGCUCAAGAAAAAGUUCAACCUGAAAUCAAAGUGGAUUUCCAGGAACGACCCCAAGUCUGUGUUCACGGACACCUUCCACAUCUUCGUGUCAGGGCUGUCGUCUCGAGAAUGCACUCAGUUUCUCAGCAGGCUGGCCAGACGCCACUUACCCUGGGUAGAAAAGCGUCAGAAGGUUAUUUUAGAGAUUUUGAAGAAACUGGCAGCUUCCAACCUUACCGGUCCGAAAAUCAUUGAACUGUGCCAUUGUACAUAUGAAACCCAGGACCUGGAGUUAGCGAAGCUCAUCGGGGCGUCCUUGACGUACGAACUAAGAAACUUCAGGCUUACACCGGUGGACAUGACAGCUUUAGUGUUCGUGAUGAAUACCGGGGGGGUGAGCGUCUGCUUGGAUCUCGCAGGCUGCUCCAUGGAACGGGACUGCCUGGAGGUCCUGCCCAGCUGCAAGACCAUCCACACACUCAUCUUCCGGAGCAGGAAAUACGACGACAGAUUCGCAGAAGCCUUGUCUGCUGUGCUACCUAAGAUUGGAUCUCUAAAGAAGUUUGAGUUUGUCGGGGGACAUAUUACCAAACUGGGAGCCACUAAACUGGCCAGUGCAAUUCAGCACUGUCAUCAUCUUGAAGAGAUAAAUUUUAAUGACAAUUUCCUUACUGAUGAGGGAAUAUCAGAAAUUGCAAACUCUUUUCCAAAAAUGAAGACCCUCUGUAAAAUGACUUUGGGUAACAAUGCUGCUACAGUGGACGGCACCCUCUCCCUGGUCAAAACAAUGAGCACUUGCUCCAGCAUUGAGAAAAUCCAUGUUCUUGGGACCAAAACAGCUGAAGUGAUUUUUAGCAGGGGCUCAGGAAACCUUCCAGAGAGCUCUGCAGGAGAAGCCACUCGAUGCAGCUUGAACAGGAAGCUCAGUCUUGUGAUGUGCAGCAUAACCUCACAGCACGUGGGGCAGCUGUGUGAGAUUUUGCAAAGAUGCCCGGGGCUCUCUGAAGUUGAUUUAUCAGGAAAUUAUCUGCAAGAUGAAGGAUGCAAAGCUCUGAUUGACUGUCUUCCAAGACUUAAUAUUUCAAAGCAGAUCAUUCUGAGUAACAACCACUUCUCGGAAGAGGGAUUGUGCUCGCUGUCACACUCCCUCAAUGUGUGCCCCAACGUGGUUGAAGUGGAGGGCAGACAUAAAUCUCCAGAAACAGCAGUUAUUAGGUUUGCAGGAUCAUCAACAGGAGGCGCAUCUGACAGUGAAGCAAAGGGAGGUGACUCAGGAGGGAAUACAUUGAAACAGAACUUAAAGGUUUCGAAAAAACUCAGGCUGACAAGCUGUAAUAUUCAACCAAGGCAUCUUGAGAAGCUGUUUCAGACAGUGAAGCUCUGCAGUGAUCUGGAGGAGCUCGACUUGUCAGACAACGCGCUGGGAGACCGAGGACUCGCCAGGCUCAUCAAACACCUUCCGGGACUGCAAGGAGUCCGAGUCAUCAAUGUCAGUAAUAACCUGGUCACCAUGGAUAGCAUUGUCUGCCUGGCGGGCUCCUUGUGCACGUGCAAAAACAUCUGUGAAGUUGACAUGAGUUCUGGAGGUGGUAAAAAUCUGUUCAUAAAAUUUCACAGAAGUCCUGUAAGUGAAGCUCCGGGGACCUGUUCUGAAGAGCAUGAAAACGGUCAGGGCUUUUCAAAGAGAUUCAGUCUUAGGGAGAGUGACAUUGAUGCAAGGAACAUGGACAGACUGUGCAGGAGACUGACGCAGUGUGAAGGACUGGCAGAACUCGAUUUUUCUGACAGUGUGCUGGAUGAUAAAUCCAUAGAGAAACUCCUGAGCCAUCUACCGCAGCUGCAGCCGUUAAAACUGCUGAACAUUAGCAACUCCAGAAUCUCAACAGACGGAGCGUUACUGCUGGUGCAGUCUCUGCUGCACUGUGAGCGUGUCAGAGCCGUGGAACUGAGGCCCAAAGGUGAAGCCUUCAUAAAGUUUGUGAAAAUGAAAGCAGACCAAGCAACUUGCAAGUUAAAUGAAUAUAAUCUUGACAAGAAGAACGUAGAAAAACUUUCUGGGAUACUGGAAAAGUGUUCUCAUCUUUCUGAAGUGGAUUUGUCCAGCAAUUUACUAAAGGAUGAAGGAGUGAAGUGUUUUUUGGAUUUCUUACCUAGACUGCAGAUUUCAAACGCUGUCAAUCUCAACAAUAAUAAGCUCUCCCAAGUCGGAGUUCUGUACUUGGUGGAUUCCAUGAGCAUCUGCAACCGUGUUGUGGAAGUUGAAGUUUGCUUGGGGACAGAAGAGAAAUCCCUCAUAAGGUUUAUGCAAGGAGAGGAAAGGAGUGGGGCUGUCAGGAGUAUUUUGCAAGGCGACUGUGCUUCUGUGUCGGAGAGGGUCAAGGCAGGACCUUGUUCUGCAGUUCCCAGACACAUCAGUCUCAAGGAAUGUAGCUUUGGGCUGGAACACUUAGUGAAGCUGGCUGCCAUUCUGGAGAGGAGCCCCAACUUAGUGACGCUGGACCUGUCCUAUAACACACUACAGAAGGAGGGGUUUCCAGCUCUCCAGAAUGCGUUGGCUAAUCUGAAAUCUCUGAGGAGCCUGCAAAUAAGGAACAAUGGCAUGACUUUCGAGGCUGUUGUAAAUCUUGUCCGAGAGUUAAAAGGCUGCCCUGAUGUGCUAACAGUAAGAAUUGAAGAGCCAUGGAUUCAAUCUGAAGGGGCUGUUUGUCUCGUGUUCGCAUGCAUUCAGCUCAACUCAAACAUACUAGAGAUCAGGGUUCAUAAAAACACUGUCCACAUCACAAUGGAAAACCCAAAUCUGCCCACGACAGGAAGUAUGGACUCUGCAGCCAACAGAGAUCUUGGCUCCAGAGCUAGUGUAUUUGCAGGGUGUCAUGUGAGAUCAAUUAGCUUGAUUCAUUGUGGGUUGCAAGACCACAAUCUUCCUCUUCUUACAUCCCUUGGCGAACACUGUUUGCAGCUACAGGAACUGGAUUUGUCUCACAGCAGCAUUGGAAGCAUGGGAGCAGUCACCUUGUCACAGAUUCUCCCUUCUCUAGGGAGACUGAAGAAACUCAGCCUUGAGUCCACACAAGCCACAGCACAUGAAAUGGUGCAGUUGGCUGCAGGUCUGUCCAGGUGCCUCAGUUUAGAAAGCCUGAAUUUGUCACACAAUAAGAUUGGGGAUGCAGGAGCGACUGCAGUGGCUGAUAUCCUUCCAGGAAUGUCUCGACUCAGACAGAUAAACAUUUCCUGUUGCAGUGCUGUUUCCUCCACGGGGGGGUUGGUGCUUGUUCAAGCGCUUUGCAAAUGCACCUCCUUAGAAGAGAUCAACUUGGACGCACUGCCGCUUGAUCCCCAGGGGAUUACCUGCCUUGCUGAAGCGCUCUCAAGUAUGACAUCAGCGAAGAAGUUAAUUUUGAGUGACGUCAACACAAGCGUGGAGGGCGGCGUUUACCUGGUGGACUCCCUGAAGUGGUGCACCCGAAUUGAAGAAAUAGAUCUGGGAAACAAUCGGAUUGGGGACAAGGGAGCUCUUAAACUGGUCCAGCACAUUUCUGGCUGGAAGAAUCUUCGAAAAAUCAGCCUGUCUCAGAACAGCAUUGGUGACGCAGGUGGAAAGAAACUUGCAGACGCUCUUUCAAACUGCAGACUUAUUGAAGAGAUCUGUUUGGCAAAUAACAGCAUUGGUGAUGAAGCUGCAGUUAAGCUGGCUGACGUUUUGCCCAUCAUGACACACCUAAAGGUUUUAAGUCUUCAGGCUAAUAGAAUCACUCCACAUGGUGGCUCGAAACUGGCCCAAAUGCUUCCCACUUGUAAACAGCUGGAGGAAAUCAGUUUGUCAGAAAACACGAUCGGAAGAGAAGGAGCGUUUCAUCUUGCAGACGCGUUGCCCCGUAUGAAGUCUUUAAAGAAACUGGAUCUGAAGCUGAUAAACAUCAGUGACAGUGAUUCUAUCCACCUUGCUGUCAGCCUUGGCCACUGCCCUACCAUUGAAGAAGUCAAUCUGUCCUGGAACUACAUUGGGGAUGACGCUGCUCUGAAGAUAGCGGAGAUUCUGCCCAGAAUGAAGAGAUUGAAAGAACUGGAUUUGGAGUGCAAUAAAAUUACAGAGUUGGGGGCGAAGAAACUAGCGGAGAGACUUCGGAAUUGCCCUGCUGUGAAAGUACUGAGACUGUGGAAAAACCAGAUUCCAAAGGAAGUCGCUCAGGCUCUCCAGGAUAAAGAUUCAAGACUGAAUUUCUCUUCAGUGUGAAACACCCCUGUCCAGCACUGUGGAGUGGCAGGGUGAGAAAACUGUCGAGCUAUUACAACGCACUGGAUCUGUUCAACAGAUGAAAUCUAAUGAAUGUGAUGA